AUGCUAGUGCCAUCGUCGCCUACCAGCGUCCAGCUGGUUGUACAAAGUGAAGAGACAGUGCUCGUGGCCUUUCAGCCGCCUGCCACUGAUGGCGGCUCUGGCAUCUCUGCCUAUGCGGUCGACUGGGACCCGAAUCCGGGUGUCCAAGAGGUGCAAACCAUAACGACGUCCACGUUUACGGGCCCCAACCAAGUCGAAACGAUCACGACCUCUGCCCAAGAUAUCGAUGCGGUGCAGGUCGUCACGACCACCGCCACGCCCGUGCAGGAGGUUCAGGUCAUUACGACGUCGGCGGCGCCGGGGCAGACACUCGGUGGCGGCUUCACGCUGCAACUCGAUACGACGAGCUCGGGCGGAUCGAUUCAGCUGUCGGGCGUCAUUGGCUACACGGCGGGUGAGACUGGCGAUCGAUCGUGCGUGAAAGAGAUCCUUGGUGCCAUGGCCAACAUUGGCGCCACCGGCAUCACGGGCGUGACGCGGUCGGUUGCCGACGCGCAAGGUGGCUACUCGUGGUCUGUCACCUUUGCAGCGGCCAUGGGCAACGUGCCGCAGCUCUCGGUCGCAAGCUCGGCGCUCAUCGGCGCCGGUGCCGACGUCAAGGUGACGACCCCGACGCAGGGCAAUGUCAUUGCCGACGGGUACUUUACACUGACAUUUGGUGGAAGUACGACUGCCAACAUCGCGUACAACGCCGCCGCCGCCGCCGUUCAAACCGCGCUGCAGGCGCUUCCGACGGUCGACACUGUGAGCGUCACGCGGUCCGGGCCCGACAACCAACAGGGCUACGCGUGGUCGAUUACAUUUCUCUCCAAUAUGAACGCUGGUGAUCUCCCAACCAUGACGACAGCAUCGAGAUUCUCGGCUAUUGGCGCUGUCUCGUCCGUGGCUACGACCGUGCGUGGCAACCAGCUCGGUGGCACCUUUAAGCUGCUCUACAACGGAUCGCCGACUGCGGCGUUGCCGGCGGCAGCCACGGUAACCGAAAUGCAAACGGCACUGCAAGCCCUCGGCACUGGCUCGCUUGAUGUCACUCGAAGCGGCCCCGACUAUCAAGGCGGCUACACGUGGACAGUCUCGUUCUUGAGUCUUGCUGGCGCGCUCUCCGCGUUUACGGCCCAAGCGACGGACCUCACGGAAACGCGUAGCGAUGGCCUGUCGUCCAAAGCAAUCGAUAUUGCCAUAACCCGCGAAGGCACGGUGCAGACCAUCCAGAGCCUGGCGUCGUCGACUACCGGGUCUAACGUGGCCACGAGCACCAUGUUCCGGCUUCAGUUUGUCUACAACGGCGCGACGACGACGACGGGGCCGAUCCCGGCCAACCCCAUGGGUGACGGCACGUGCCUGCCGACGCACACCGAGGUGCAGCAAAUUACAACGUCGACGAUCGACACGACGGCCGCGGGCGGCGACAACGUGGUGUCCUCGCUCACCUCGUUUCAGCUCGCGUUUACAUCGAACGCCGGCGCCACGUUGCUGUCGAACCCGAUCUUUGCCAACGCCAAUACCGGUGACUGUGCAGUGGGCGCGACCUCGAUCACAUCCGAGUUGCAGCGACUCACGGGCGCCCCGAUUGUUGUGUCGUCGGUCGCGCAGCUGGCGACGCAGGCGUGUCAGUGGCAAGUGACGUUCACCAACAUGCCGGGCAACUUGGCGCCGCUCGCGGUAGUCGUCAACGGCCAGGCGCCUCUUAGCAGCGCCACACUUGGUGACGAUACAGUUGCCGUGACGACGAUCCGCGACGGCACGAUCCAAAUCAUUCAGACGGAGCUGCAGAAGCUUGCCAACAUUGGCAGCGUCACGGUGACCGCGACCGCGGGCGCCAAGCAAACGUGUACGUGGCAGAUCACGUUCAACACUAACGCCGGCAAUCUCCCGCUCUUGAAUGUCGGAACGUCGGGGGUGUACGCGGCGACAGCGACCGCUGGUACCGACACACUUACGGUUGCGUCGGUGCAACUUGGCACGUCCAGCAUACUCGGGGGCUCGUUCUCGCUGCAAUUCAAAGGUCAAUCAACGGGGUACCUGCCCUAUGACAUUGAUGCGCCGGGCAUGAAGAAUGCGCUUGAGCUUCUCUCGACGAUCCACGGCGUCAACGUCGUACGAUCCAAUAUGGACCCCAACAAAGGGUACACGUGGACAAUCUCCUUCUUGUACGACCUCGGGAACCUUCCCAUGAUCACGUCUGACUUUGCAUCCUUGACGGGCACGGUACCGACGGUCACGGUCGCGCAGGCCGUGCAAGGCGUGGCGCCGCCUUUCAACUCGAAGACGUUGCGAAUGCCACCGCAGUCGCCACAAAACGUCUCGGUCACCAUUAUCGACCAAGAGACGCUACAGAUGACGCUGUACCCCCCGCUGAGCGACGGCGGCGUCCCCAUCGAUGCGUACCAGGUCGACUGGGACACUGCCCAGAUUGUCGACGAAGUUCAAGCGAUCACGCUGAACGUCCCCGUCGUCAAUGCAGUGCAAACAAUCACGACGUCCGCAACAGUAGUGAACGAAGUGCAGCUCGUGCGCCUUGCGAGCACGUACACGGGCCCGGCCGCCGUCGAAGUCCAACGAGUUAACUGCGACGCGAGCGGCGGCAGCUUUACGCUGACGUUCAUGGGGUUGACGACAGCACCGAUCGCUGCGUCCGAGACGUCGACAGCCAACAUCAAGGCGACACUUCAGGAGCUCACGACAGUCACUCUCGUGUCGGUGGCCUUUCUCGGUGGACAAACGACAGCCUGUGCGCCGUGCCCGAUCACCGGCUGCACUGGCGGCUUCACCGUCACGUUCACCACGGUUCAAAAUGCCGCCGGGGAUCUGCCCCCGAUGACCGGCAACACCUUUGCGCUCACUGGCAAUCGACGCAUUGACGUCCUCGAAGUCACCCAGGGCCAGGCCAUGCCAGGCGGCUCGUUCAAGCUACUGUAUUUGCGAGGCAUGCAGUCCACUACUGUGCAGCUGCCUGCGACGGCGACCGCCGCAGCCGUUCAAAGCGCUCUCCAGGCACUCGACUCGGCAAUCACUAUCACGGUCACCGAUGGGUCGGCAGCCCUCCCGGCAGGGAGCACAGCACGCGGCGAGCUUCUGUGGCGCGUGACGUUUCAAGGUAGCGGAAGUGUCCCAGCGCUGCAAUGGGCCGACAAAAUGCUCACCGGCAACGGCGCAAGCAUCGUCGUCUACACUAAUGGAGCAACCAUCGGGUCGGUGCCGCAAUCCGUUAGUGGCAACCAGCUUGGCGGCACGUUCACACUCGGCUUUAUGGGCCAUGUCACGGCUCCGAUUCCAUUUGACGCCUCCGAUACGACGCUGCAAGCAAGUGUGACGGCGCUGCCCAACAUUGGCUCGGUUCGCGUAGUUCGGACGGGCCCGACGCUGCAGAACGGCUACAUGUGGUCUGUCACGUUCACGUCCAACCCAGGUAGCUUUCCGUACGGGGCCGGCGCGAUGCCACUCUUUGUCGCAAGAACCACUGGGCUCACGGGAGCGGGGGUUCAAGCUGUGGUCGCGACCGGCACGGUGGGAUCGACACCGGUCAGUGGUACCUUCAAUCUCUGCUACCUCGGGCUCUGCACCAUCAACAUGAGCCCCUAUGUGACGGCACUUGAGCUGCAGACCGCGCUCCAGAACGUCGCGUCCAUCGGUCGCGUCGCCGUCACGCGAACGCAAACGCCAAAUGGGUUUACGUGGCUCGUCUCGUUCAACGGGUGCCGACUCCUACCCGACCUCAUCACAUCCGUGUGCAACACGGGCAACCUCGUGCCGCUCGUGCCUCAGUUUGCGGGUACGCUCUUCGGAGGCGUCGCGAACAAUGCCGCCGUCACUGUCGCCGAGGUUGUUGCUGGUCGUGGCCCUGCAAGCUCGCGCGUGAGCACCAAUUUGUCGGGUGGUCCGCCGUACCAAAUGCUUCUUUCGGGACUCACCACGGGCACGCCGUACUAUACUCGAGUGUCGUUUCGCAACAGCGUGAGCCAAGGUUAUCGAGCGUACCCAACACCGCCACAAGUGACGCCUCAAAGCACGCAGCCCGGCGCACCAGAGCCCGUCCAACUCGUCUCGUCGACGGCCACGACGAUGACGGUGCAGUGGGCGCUGCCAACGAUGAACGGCGGGUCGCCGGUCACGGGCUACGAGCUCUGGCUCUCGGAUUGGCAGGGCAGCAACCGACGGGUGUACGACGGGCGAAACAGCCUCACGAAACAGUACACCCUUUCGACGGUCACCGACAACUUGAUCGAGUCGGGGCACCAGUACACGCUGAUUGUGCGCGCGAUUACGUAUUGCCAGCCGACAGACGCUACAGUGGCCUGUUACGGGCCUUUUAGCCCACCGGCUUCGUACACGGUGCGCAGCCCGGUUGUGCCGAUCGCUCCAGAGGCACCGACGCUGGACUCGCGCACGAGUAUCAACACGGCGGCCGCCAACGACGGUAUCAUUUACAUCAACUGGCGCCCACCGACCGACAAUGGCGGGUCGCCCAUCACCGACUACCAAGUGUACAUGGACGCGGGCAACAACAACUUUGUGCUCCAGACCCUUCAAAACACUUUUCCGUAUGGCUACAGUAUGUUUGUACCGGCGCUGACCGAAGGCAACACGUACCGCUUUGCCGUGCGCGCCGUGAAUGCGAUCGGAACGUCAGCAAUGAGUCCGGCGCUGACCGUCGUCAUGGCCAACACGCCGAUGGCACCGGCCGCACCCGUCGUUCUCGACGUUGCCUCGUCGUAUAUCAGUCUAUCGUGGUCGCCACCAACGCAGUGCACGUCCAACCCCACGUCGUGUAACGGGUCGCCGCUUACAGGGUACCUCUUGUGGCAAUUCAGCGGGGUCAACUCGGCACUCUUGUCGUCGCCGACGCCGGUCGUCAGUGAGAUCCAGCAAAUUGCAAUUACGGUGCCGACGCCAGCGACCGAAGUGCAAUCGUUCACAAUCACGGGGGCCACGGGCUCGUUUAUGCUGUACAUCAACAGCAAGUACACGGCACCCAUGCCUUACAACGCCGGGAACGCCGCGCUCCAGUCCGAGAUCCAAGGUACAGGCAUUGGGUCUGUCGUUGUCACGCAAGCCACGGUGACGGGGGGCAUCACGUGGACCGUGUCAUACACCGGUGUAUCAGGGCCCGUGACGCUGCUGGCGCUCAACCCAAAUCAGCUCGUCAACGCAAAUGCCAACACUCCGUACGCGUACUCGGUGACUCGGGUAACACGCGGUACGACGGUUGCUGGCGGCGACUUUACUGUGCGCUUCAACGGAUACGCCACGCCGCACCUACCGUACAACAUUGACGCGGCCGAAAUGACGCGGCAUCUGCAAAACCUACCGAGUAUCUCGCACGUCAAUGUGGCUCUGACAACGGGGGCGAACGGCGCGCGCGCUUGGACAGUCACAUUCUUGACGGAGCUGGGGAAUCUGCCUCCGAUGACCGUCACGACCGGGCGCCUCACCGGUGGGGCAACGUCGGCCGUGGUCACGACGCUGCAAGACGGUACACCGGGACAGAUCAUUUACGACGGUUCGCAAGCACCGAGCAACACGAGUUUUGUGGCACGAAAUCUGCAAAUGGACACGUCAUACGCCUUUCAGGUACUUGCACUCAACGCCGCCGGCAAGUCGAUUGCAAGUCCAUCGACAGCAUCGAUCGAAGCACGGGGUGGAGCAAGCGCGCUGACGACGACUGCCAUGGGCUCGGCGCUCUCUCACGGUAUCGCCGGUGUGGUGUACGAGGUGCAGACGGUCACAACCGCGAGCUUGGCCGCUGGUACGUUUACGCUCACGCUGGGCACGCAGACGCCGACGGGCAAUAUCGGAGUCGCGACCACAGCGUACGCUCUCGCCCAACUGCUCACGGUUCCGUCCGUCGGUCUCGGCACCGUGCACGUGACCAAGCAGAGCCUUGUUGGGUCCGCCGAUGUCGUGUGGUUCAUCACGUUUCGGAGUCUCCUCGGCAACGUCCCGUCGCUUGUGAGUUCCAACCCGCAGGCGGUAGUGGCCGAGUACAUCCGCGGCGUCGCCAACCAAUUCGCGAUCCUUCCGAGAAAGGCGUCAGGUCAAAUCGUCACGGACAUUGACGCUGCCAGCGGGUUUGCGGGCGCGGAUACGUUUUUUACCGAGCUCUGGUCCAGCCCGUCUUCGGUGCUCGAUGGGACGCACUCGUGGGUCAACGACGGCGGCGUUGCCACGUACAACCCGAGUAUUUUGGAGGUGCAAAGCAUCACGAUUACGGCGACGACGGGGCUGUUUAGCGUCGCCCUCGACACGUCGUCGGCGCGUCUCGGUGGUGUCGCCGCGACGUCGACGGUGAUACUCAACGCCGCAACGCUGGCCGCGGCCACGGAUGUCAACGCCGCCUUUGCGUUCAAAGGAUGUGUCGAAGGGCUGGCCAAUGUCGCCACCGUCGUUGUCUCUCGUGUCACCAACAGCGCGGCUUCGUGGACGUACACUGUCACCUUUGUCGCGAACCUCGGGCCACUGCCACUGCUGCAUCUCUCAAGCACGGACGCGGCCUUUACGGGAGCCCAAGGCGCUGCCAUGGUGUUUACAGAAGUUACGCAAGGACGCACCGAAGUCCAAACGAUCACAGCGUCGGGGGACGUAGCGUUCGUUUCCGAAGUGCAAAGUCUCACCACGUGGCUGGAUGCAACGGGCGCCGUGACAACGAUUGGUGGCACCUUUAACGUCGCGUUCAUGGGGUCGCCGAGCGUGCAAAUCUCCGUCUCGGCGUCGGCGGCUGCCAUGACAACCGCGCUUCAGUCGCUCACCAACCUCGGCACCGUCACCGUCACAACAGCGUCGGCAGAUGCCAACGGCUCGUCGGGUUUGAUAACGUGGUUCAUCACAUUUACGGGCCUUGUCGGCAACGUCCAGGCGCUGCAAGUGACCUCGAUGGCGCUCACCGGCACGAGUGCCACCGUGUACGUCAACGAGGUCGUUCGCGGAACGUCGCCUCUCACAGGGUCGUUUGUUGUCAAUUUCGGCGGCGCGACAACACCCAACAUUCCGUAUGCGGCGUCAGCAAGCGUCAUGAAGACAGCGCUCGAAGCUAUGCCGACGAUCCACGAAGUCGAUGUGCAAGUCGCCAACGUCGGCACCGGGUUUCGGUGGACGAUCUCGUUCACGAAAAACCUCGGGAGCCUUCCGCUUUUACAAGCAUUCCCGAUUCAGUACCAGAUCCAGCGCGUCCAGACGCUCGGCGGCGUGCCAACGCCGCUGCACGGUAACUUUACGCUCACGUUCAACGGCCAAACGACGACGUUGAUCCCGUUUGAUGCAACGGCAGCAGCGUUGCGAGCCGCCUUGCAGGCGUUGCCGUCGGUGGGCCUCGUGGACGUGACACGGAGCAACCUCUUGACACCGGGCGGUCAGUACUCGUGGGACGUCACGUUCCGGACUGAGCUCGGCGAGAAUUCGCUUCUGGUGGCUGACACUUCGCCGCUCUUGGGCAGCUUUGCCUCGGUCUCGGUGCUCAAAAUGCAAGCGGGCUCGAAGCAGGCACUCACAGGCAACAAUCCGAAGCUACUCGUCGAAAAGAAAACGGCCGGGCGCCCGAGCUACACGGGGAUGUACAAACCGGCAACACCAUCUACCUACUCCCUCGCGGUGCUUCAGCUUCUUCGCGGAGGCUGGCAGGCCUGGUACUAUGACAACUAUUGGCUCCAAGACGUCCCGGUGGCCGUCCAAAUCGACCGGAACGUGCAGUUUGCGUGGGGCCAAGCACCCAUCACACCGUUUGGCCAAGACUAUGUCAGUGUUCGCUGGUGGGGCAAGCUCCUUCCACCACACACCGACAUGUAUCUUUUCUCGCUCCAAGCCUCGCACGGCGUCCGGCUCUGGCUCAACCAUUCACUCGUUCUCGACACGUGGGCGACCGAGUCGACACCGACGUCGGCGACCGUGCCGUUUACGCUUUCGGCGAAUGUCUACUGCGACAUCCGACUCGAGUACCACAAGGCGACGGGAAGUGCGUACAUCAAUCUGCAGUGGAGCAGUACGUAUCUUCCGCUGCAAGUCAUCGACACAAGCAUGCUGUACUACCCCAGUCACAUUCUCGGGAGCCCAUAUUCCGUCGACAUUUUACCGGGUGCGACCGACUACCCGUACACCAUGGCCACGGGGCCAGGCUUGAGUGCAACGUCGGCUGGCGCUAUCGCAUCGUUUGUCAUCCAAGCAAAGGACCAAUUGGGCAACAACAAGACCGUGGGCGGCGACGUCUUUGACGUGGCUCUGAUCGGGGCCAGCUCGACGCUCGCACCGACCGCACCGCCUUCGUAUCUUGGCAGCGGUCAGUACCAAGUGCAAUACAAGGCGCUACUCAGUGGCUCGUACCAGCUCUCGAUUACGAUUGGUGGCACCGACAUUUACUGCGGCCUCGGGCACGCUAACAAGUGCAGUCCGUUCACCGUCGUUGUGGCGCCGGGAAAGACCGUGCCGUAUACAUCGACAGCGACGGGGUUUAGCCCACCCCGCAUGGACAGCUUGAGUGAAAUGGUUGCGGGCCAAGCGUCCAACUUUAGUAUCCAAGCCAAAGACACGUACGGCAACUUCCAGUCCCUCGGUGGCGACGCCUUCGAGACCAAAGCGAUUCUCGUCGCAGACACGACGGUGCGCUACCGCAGCAGCGUGCUCUCGUACCUCAGUGGCGGCAAGUACAGCGUCCAAAUGAGCAUUCCGCGCGCGGGAACGUACACGCUACAGACGUUCUUUCAAGGGUCCCCGAUCCUCAUGUGCCCCGGUGGCACGUGCAAUGCGAUCGGGAUCCCGUCGUCACUUGUCGUCGUUCACAACGUAUUGCAUCCGCCGAGUUCGUAUGCCCGCGACGUGGGCACCAAUGGUCUGAGCCUCGCUACGUCGGCGAUACCGACAGGCUUCUCCAUCCACGCCAUGGAUGCGUUUGGCAAUUUGCGAGUCGGUGCGACGACAGCGCACUCGGGUAGCACUGGCGACGGUGUCUCGGACGCCUUCUUGGUCACCAUGACCCCGACAGACCCAACGGCGCCCGAUGCGGAGACAAUCGUAACGUCGUCUGCCGUACAACGCAUCACUGCCAGCAGCACGCAAGCGGGCUCGUUUAAGCUCACGUACGGGUCGUUCACAACGAGCCUUUGCACAGGUUGCGCCACGACACUGACCGGUACGACGCUCACCGUGACGACCAAUCUCGUCGGUCUCUUGAGUGUCGACACGCUGAUCACGGUCGGAAGUUGCGUCUUGACAACAACGGCCGUUGCCGCUGGCAGUAUCACGGUCGCUGGUAACCACGGUUGCGCGGCGCUCACGGGAGCGACGAGCAGCAUUUUUGUGGCACUUGGGACGCCACGUCUCACGGCGCUACUUCCGUCGACCAUCAGUGCGAUUGGUAUGAAGACGGCGCUGGAGCUCUUGAGCCCCGGGAACAAGGUGUCUGUGACGCUCACGACGGACGGAAGCGGCCACAACGUCUGGAGCAUUACGUUUCUAUCCGCGCUGGCAUCGUGGUCGACGGCCAAGCUUGCGGUCCAAUACCCGGCGGCUCCCAACAGCUUGUACCAGCAACCGCUGGUCGUUUCGACGCUGGCAAGUGCGGGGGUGUACCCCGUGAGCUAUACGAUGACGGUGGCCGGUGUCUACUCGAUGAGCAUAUUGGCGGACGGCGUCCCUAUUAUGGGCAGCCCCUUCGAGCUCACCGUGUCGAACGCCGUCGUCGAUGGGACAUCGUCCGUCGCUGCAGGUGGCAAUUGGUACGCCCGCCCGCUUCCGUCAUCGGCCACGUCGAUCGUCGCCAUCGAAACCCUGCCCAGUGUCGCGGGUACGCCGUUCACCUUUCAAAUCCAAGCCAAAGAUGCUCGUCGACAAGAAGUCCAGGCGAUUCGACUGCAGGCCGUCGUCGUUGCCAACGUCCCUGCUGUGCAGCAAGUAUCCGUGACGACGACACCGUUCACACUCUCGUUUCGGGGCUCUCCUACCGUGUCGGUGGCCGCUGGCACCUCGUGGAGUGCACUUGCAUCGAGUCUCGGGGACUUGGCCACGAUCGGUAUCGGUGGCGUCACGAUUACUUCGGCGGAUGGUGCCUCUGUGGCCAACGGACAAGCGUUCCAAGUGACAUUCACCAACGUCCCUGGCCCGGUGCCAUAUUUAGUGCCGGGUGCCGGCGCCAUUGUGAGCGAGCUCACGCAAGGCGUAACGUCGACGCGUGCCGAGAUCCAGACGCUCACGUGCACCGCAGCCAACCUCGGUACGGCGGGGGAUUUCACGGUCGGCUUUGGCGCUGCUACGACCACCGUUAGUGCCAGCAGCACGUUGACGGCGUUUCAAACAGCCUUGUCGACGCUUGUGGGGUCGAUGAUCACUGUCACGAGCGAAAGUAGCAGUGUCACGACCGUGUGCGCAACGGCGGCCAACCGCGUUUUCAUCCAAUUCACUGAAGCCGUCGGGUACCAACCGGCACUCACGUACGCGCCUGUGGGCGGCGCAACGAUGACAAUCACAAGUGAAAAAGAUACGGGAGAGGGUGUAAGCAAUGGGGUCCGUGGCAUCUUGCCUGUGUGGGGGACGUACACGCUUUCCAUUGCGGGUGAAGUGACUCCGCCGCUCGCGUUCAACGCCGGUGCCAGCAUCGUGCAAAGUGCUUUGAAUGCGUUGCAAAGCCUCGACGGUGUGGUCGUGUCCAUGGAUGCUCUCGAUGUGUCGCUCGAAGGCGGCAACAUGAUGCAGCAGAUCUUGUAUGUUUGGAGCGUCACGUUUACGGCCAACGUUGGCAACGUUCCGCUGCUUCAAGCCGACAGUUCCAACUUGGUCGUGUCGGACGCGGGGCAGUUGAAGCCGUUUGUUGAUGUCAUCCAAGUGGUCGCUGGCACGUCGGGUAACAACCGCGCGGGGCUCUCGGAUCUCGGCGCGAUUGCCAUUUCGGCAACGCAAACAUACGUCGAUCCCGGCAUCCAAGAAGUGCAAAGUCUCCAGUGCACCGGCACAGCUUCGUUCUCACUCACAUUUGGUGGUACGACGAUCACCGUCGGCGCCAGUACGAGCCUUGCAGUGUUCAACACGCAGCUUAACGCGCUUGUGACGGGUGGCGUUCUGCUAACUCCCAUGUCGCCAACGUCGACUGUGUGCCACCCGUACAACGGGAGAGAGAUCCGUGUCACGUUCCUCGUACCGCAGCCCAAUGCACUGCUUGUCUGGGGUAACUCCAACAAUAUGAUUUCGAUCCAACGGCAACGCGCCGGUGUCGCAAGCACGACGACGGCAAUCACGAUCGGCAACCAUGCGCAGCAGACGCUGACGUGUACGGGCGUCACGACGUCUUUUGAUCUCGUCUACGGAUCCAGCACGGUGACGGUGCCGACGUCCACCACGCCCGCCGGUCUUGCGUCACUUCUCAACGCGAUGCCCGAUAUCGUGGCACUUGGCGGUGUCACUGUCACGGGGUCGCAAGCUACGGUGUGUGUUGCGACGUCACCAGCACCGAUUGGCAUCACCUUUAACGCGAUCGGAUUGGCCAGUGUCUUGCAAGUCGUGAACGUCCGAUCGGGCGUCUCCAAGGUCGUGGUCGUCGAAACCGUGCGUGGGCUCACAUCUCUUGUCGGUGUCGCCAAUGGUCUCUACACUGCCACCUUCUUCCCGACGCGCAAAGGCAUCUAUGCGUUGAGUGUGUCGAUCGGGGGUGGCACGAGCUUGAGCCCGGCCAAGAUCCAAGUCGUCACAGGCCACGCCAAUGGCCCCUACUGUACGCACAAUGCGCGCGCGGCGGCAACACAAGGUAUCCGGGAAGCCAUCGUCGUGCAGAGCCGCGAUGCGUAUUUGAACACGCUCGAGUGGAGCGUGCCGCUAUCGACACAAAGCUACGUGGCGUCACUCAUUGGCGCGUCGGCUACAAUUCCGGUUGCCGUCGUCGAGCCGGUGCCCAACACCGACGGGACGUACCAGUUGUCCUACGUGCCUCAAGUUGCGGGCAACUACGUGUUGAGCAUUCUGUACCGGCAACGGGGCGGGCUUGGCGCAACUUACUUCCGGGACAGUCGCUUCUUGCAGGCACAGCUCAACCCGUGUCCCAUGACGCGGCUCUCCAACACAGACUUGUCACCGUGCGACAUGACGCGCCUCGACGCGACGAUCGACUUUAUGUGGGGCGAGACACAGCCGCUUGGGACGAGCAGUCCGAGUUUUCCAGGCAAAACUUUAGCGUUGUCUGGCUCGGCGAGCUCACGCCCCAACAACGGACACCUACACGAUCAACGUCUUUGUGCAAGGCAACGUGACCCCACGUCGCCGGCCAGUGGCAACUACACGACGACCGUGCUGUUGACCAAAGGCACGUUUUCGAGUGUGCAGAUAAUGUACAGCGCGGGGGCGACCUCGCAGUUGACGGUCGCAUGGGCGUCUUCCACCCAGUCGCUCGCCGUGAUCCCGUCGUCGGCGUGGGCGUACCAGCGUCACAUUGAUGCGAGUCCGCUGAACGUCGUCGUGUAUCCUGGUGCUAUCAACACAAGUAUGAGCUCUGCCUCGUACGCUGCCAACUCGAUCGUCAAGGCGCUUGCACCCGUGACGUUCGACAUUGCCACGUUCGACAGCGCCGGGAAUCCACGUCUCAACACGGGCAACGAUAACCUGCAAGUUUCCCUGGUCGGUGCCUCGGGGUGGGCUGGCGUCGGGCGUGUCAACGAAGUCGCUACCAACAUCCCCGUGCAGCUGACGCCGUCGCUUCUCUGCCCCGCGUGUGUCACCGCACUGGCUGCGGACGUUAUUACGGUCAACGAAGACGUACUGGCACAACUCUUGCCAGGAAUGGGCUUCCGUGUCAUUGGCGCCAACCCUGGCACAGCGACACCCGCCUUGACAACCGACUGCUUCUUUACCGUGCAGUCAACGACAGCGUUUAGCCUCGGGUCUUCUACCGUCACUGUGGCACCCAGCCACGGCUGCAGUACGUUUGCGACGAGCGCGUUUGGCCUGUCAUCGCUGGUACCCGAAACGUGGCGGUAUCUCGGAACCGCCUCGGUGCAGCACGGUGCGAUGGCCUUGACAGCGACAUCAGCCGACUUUCGAAAUGUACAGAGUCCGUUGCAGCGCGGUGACACGAUCGUCGUCGGACGCGAGAUCCACACCGUGGAUACGAUCUUUGGCACGUUUGGUGCGACGACGGUACCGCUGGCCGAGGCCUACAACGGUUUGGAUGGACAGCUUGUACCCGUGUACAAGGCGGGUGCGAGGACAGGCAAGUACCGUGUGAGCUUUGUGCCGCUCGUCAAGGGCAACUACACGCUGGACGCCUACGUGCCGCCGGUCAGCGAAGUGCAGACCGUGACAACGGCGUCGACAAGUUUGCUCGGAGGGACAUUUGCGCUUACGUUUUCGGGGUUGGCCUCCGGCGUCCUGACGAACGCAACGACAACACCGAUUUCGUACAACGCCGACGCUGCGGCAUUGACAACGGCGCUAGAGUCCUGCAGCAACAUUCCCGUCGGUAGUGUCACCGUGUCACCCGUCGUUUGCAUCAGCGGGAAUGCAGCGCUUGGGUGCACGUGGACGAUUACGUUUUCGCGGUCGCCCACAGAAGGCCAGUUGCAGUUACUCACGCCGGUGUUUGCCUCGACGCUGACAGGCAACGCAGCCUCGGUGGCCGUCGCCCGACUGCGCGUCGGCGUUCCAAUUCAACGCAUUAACGGUUUUCCGACAACGCUCGUCGUACAGCCGGGGCCAACCAACCCCGCCGUCACGACUGCGUUUGGUUCUGGCCUCGUUCAAGGCACGGCAGGCGUACCAAGCACCUUUUCGAUCCAAGCCAAAGACACCCACGGCAACAACAAAGAAGACUUGGAUCCGCUCGAAAACUUUCAAGUCGACGUCUACCCUGCGGGUGUCACGUAUGCAGACUCGGCGCACGUCUCGGGCACGGUGGUCUACGCCGGCAGCGGCUUGUACAACGUGACGUACACGCCACUCAUGUCUGGCACAUCGACGCUCGCCGUCGCCAUGUCGGUGCUCCCCGAGGUGCAAACACUCGCCAUCAGCUUUCCAACGGCGAUCAACCGCGGCGGCUCCUACACAUUGUCGUCCGCGUCCGCGACAACGAUAUCGUUGGCGUGGGACGCCACGGGUGCGCAGAUCCAAGUGGCACUCACCGCGAUUCUCGACGCCAACGUCAGCGUGACGACAACACCAAGCAACAAUGGUUUCCUGCACACGAUCACCUUUACAGAGUUUGUUGGUGACCAAGUGCAGCUGCUCGUGGCGUCCGAUUUGCACACGGGCACGGCGACGAUGGCAACGCUGCAGCAUGGCACGAUGGCGCACAUCAAGACGUCGACCAAUAUGGGCCAGCCCGUGGCCAACGAGGUGCAAGUCGUCCGUGUCGAUGGUGGUACCGGCGUUGUUACCGGUGGCGCCUUUGCACUGACAUGGAACGGGCUCACAACGCCAGCGCUUGCAUACAACGCCCCCGCCAGCGCUAUGCAGACGGCCCUGAAUGGUCUCUUGGUCGAUGCCAGUGUGCGAGUUGUCGUGACGUCGUCGAUCGUCAGCCCUCAGGGUACCGAAUGGCUUGUCACAUUUAUGGCCACCCUCCCGGGCGCCGCGCAGACGAUGUACUGGUCGUCUGCACGCUAUGCCACACAGCAGUACCUCGUCUCAACACGUAUGCUUGGCGACAUGGCGUCGCUCACGGCAACCGUCACGACACCGUUGACGGGUGGCACCCCGGCAUCCGUCGGUGUCUACGCGGCGGCAUUGGCAUCGCCCAAUGGCAACAUCCCCGUCCAAGGCACGAGCCCCUUUGCGCCGCGCAUUGUGUCGGGUGUCUUGGUCGCCGCCCAAACAACAGCCACGAGCAGCGCUGUGCCAUUUUGGCCAGGCACGCUCAACACCGCGGGCUUGAACGGUCUCGUGACCGGCGCGUUUAGCACGCCGUCGACAUUUCGCAUUCAGCCGCGCGAUGUGUACGGCAAUUUGAUCACGCAUCACAACCCGAUGCGCGAAGUGCAGAUCGUCGAGACGAUGAUCGCAAACGGUGAUGGGCUCGGAGCGCUCGAGGGCACGUUCACACUGACGUACAAGGGCGCGACGACGACGGCGCUAUCGUGGAAGGCGGGGAUCGCGACAGUUCAAGCGGCUUUGAAUGCGCUUCCCACCAUCGGUUUAGUCGAUGUUGGCACGACGUGUGCGACGACGUUCCUGCGCACCGUGUCGGCGACACACCUCUCGCAGACCAUCACGACGUCCGUGUCCUUGGUGGGCACCGUCAGUGUUGGCGACUGGGUGCGCCUGCGAAGCGUGUCGGGGCCAGUCUACACCGUGGCUCAAGUCACUGCAACAUCGGUGUUGCUGUCGUCCCCGUACUCUGGCCCCACGAGCGAAACCACCGACUUGUACGUCCACUCGCUCAUGGGGUACGCGUAUGUCGUCACGUUCGACUCGAACCUCGGCGACGUGCCGGCGAUCGCAGCCGACAGCAGCGCGCUCAGCACCUCGAACGGCGUCGGCACGGCGUCUAUCGUUGUGACGGCGUGUACCGCCAACUACACGCAGCAGCUGCAAACAACGGCGACGUCGCCCAUCGGUGGAACGUUCUUCAUCUCGUUUCACGGAGCGCGGACGCCUGACCUUCCCUUCUCGAUUUCGUCGACCGCGCUCACGUCAGCCCUGCAGCAGCUGCCCGACAUUUACGCUGUCAAAGUCUCUUCGCCCGUGUCGGGGGCCAACAACGGGUUCACUUGGAUCAUCACGCUACUUGCGAUCGACGGCAACCUCGAUCUGCUGUACGCCGAAGGGCACUUGCUCACUGGCGCUCGCGUCUCCGUCUUGGUCACGCCUACGUGUCCUUCGUCGGUGCAAGGGGCCACCGCCAGUCAAUACGGUCAACUCGGUGAGUACUUUGUGCCGCGGCUUCGUGGUGGCGCGACCGUCACGGGCUACGCGACGUAUGCGUCGCCGGGGCAGUAUCUGGCGACGUACACAACGCCACGCACGGGCACCUACAAGUUGGACGUGGUGCACGCUUACCCCAACGGUCUGGUGGGCUCCUACUAUAACAAUCGAUGGCUCCUCGGAGAUCCGGUGCUCGAACGCAUCGACGCGGACGUCAACUUUUAUUGGGACACGUUCAUUACGCCGACGGGCCAAGACUAUGUGAGUGUGCGAUGGACAGGCUACCUCCAACCGGCGUUCUCCGAGCCGUACACAUUUAGCGUUCAAGUCGACGAUGGUGCGCGGCUGUGGGUCAACCACGUCUUGGUGCUGGAUGCAUAUGACAUUGACGUGAGCGCGAUGACAACGUACAUUUCCAAUGCGACCGCGCUCGUGGCCGGGCGCCUCUACGACAUUGUGCUCGAGUACCGAGAAAACACGGGCGCCGCCGCGUGCAUUUUGUCGUGGUCGAGUCCGUCCCAAGAUUGGAGCGUGGUGCCGUCCGAACGGCUCUUUUACCCCGACGCACAUAUCAAGGAGAGUCCGUUUGCGGUUGCCCCGUACGGCAUUCUACCGACACCACCACUGUCUCCCAUGUUGAGCAUUGCUGGCGCGCAGUCCCUACUCGUAACGUUCUCGCCACCUGCCAACGACGGCGGUGCUGUCGUCGAUCAGUAUCGUGUCGAGUGGUGGCCACCGUCGCCGACCGGCGUCCUGGCGCAGCAAACGCUCAAGCUGGCCGCCGCCGUCACGGGCGGUUCCUUUACACUCGGCAACGGCGUCCAAACUACGGGGCCGCUUGCCUGGAACGCACUCUACUCGGACGUAGCUGCCGCACUUGAAGCUCUGCCUGGCGUCGGCCAAGUUGCCGUCUCGUACACAAAAGUGACAGGCCAAGCCUCCACGUAUACGAUCACUUUUAUGACGCAAUUUGGCGCCGUGGCCCCGCUCGUCGUCGACGGAACCUUGCUGCUCGGGUCGACUGCCGCCGCCAUUUGCGCAGGUGCGUCGACGACCGCCACGGGAAACCCCGCCGGUGUCCUCACUUGCGCCAUCUCUGACAGCGUUGUUGGUACAAUGCCCGUGCCAUUGUCAAGCACGGAUGUGUCGCUUGUUGUGUCGCCCUUUGCUCCCUACACGUUUACAAUCACGGGGCUCGUCCAAGUGGCGGCGGUCACGGCACCGGCCUUUCCUGGUGAUGGCGGUGCAACCGGUGGCUUCAACGUCCGAGUCUCGGCACACACAAGCGCUGGGUAUGGCUUGCCGUCGGUGGUGACGACACUCAAGCCGAUGGCAGUACCGAGCGCCCCGACGUCCGUGGUUUUAAACCUCGUUGCGGGCUCGAGCUCGAGCUUGCGCGUCUUUUGGAGGCCGCCGGCAACCAUCAACGGCGCGAUCGUGACGUCUUAUCUCGUGGAGUGGGACGUAGCGGCUAACUUCAGUGUCCAGAAUGCGUCGUUCACGCAAACCCCGGCCUCGUUCCUCGCUGAGUACCCGUCGUCGACGAUGUUCAAGCACACAAUCUCGUCCUUGACGCCAGGCACGUUGUACUACGUCCGUGUUCGCGCCAUCAAUAUCAUGGGGUCCAGUGUUCCCGUGGGAGCACCACUCUCCGCGAUCCCGAUGACCAAAGCCGACGCAAUUCCUAUCGCGGGAGGUGUCACGUUGAGCGCUGUCAUGGCGGAUGGUUUCCACAGCGUUCAAGACGCAUGCUCGACGCUUCAGCUCGCUUGGCUGCCGUCGUCCAAUACGAAAGGCAGCGAGGUCACGAAGUACCUUCUCGAGUGGUACCAAGCAGCAUCGCCUGGUAUUCCCGAGGUCCAGAUUAUCAGCAUUUUCGACACCAACAGUGUUGCCGUCACGGGCUCGUUUCAGAUCACGUACGACCAGCAGACAACGGACUUUUUACCUAUCUCGGCCAGCGCAGCAGCCAUGGCAGCAAGCUUGAGCAGUUUGAACAAUCUCCGGUCGAUCCAAGUCGUCCGGUCUCCGAGCACAAGCGGCGGGUACGCAUGGACGAUCACGUUCUUGACCGAGUACCCGCGCGGCAAAGUGCUGUCGAUUCCAUUGACGCACGAUUUGCAGUCACCGGACCUCGUGAUCGAUAUUGGCGCCAACUUGGAACCGGCGCGCGUCGGCGCGACAUCGAUCAACGUCGACGUCGUGCAAAACUCGGCGGUCGUGACAUCGGUGGGCAUCCAGACGUCGGCGUCGAUCGGCCAAGGCAUUUCGAUUGCGGGGGUUGUGUACCUCGUUGCCAGUGUUCAAACCGACCAAGUGACGCUUACAGUGCCGUACGCUGGUGCCACGGCCACAGGUCUUGCAGCGGCCAUUGGCUACACGACACCUGGGAUGCCACCUCAGAGUCUCCAGAGCAUCGAGGUCAGCGCAGCGGCACCGCCCCCGUUAAACUACCUCUUGACCAACUUGGCGCCGGGUACAUCGUAUGUUGCGCAAGUUUCAGUUUACAACGGACAAGGCUACGGCGAUCCGACGGCGUCGACGGCUGUAUACCCGCCGCAACAAGCCCCAGACGUUCCUCUAAACGUGCGCGUGGCACCCGUUGCGGCCUCGACACUCGUCGUGUAUUGGAACCAGCCUGCGAGCAGUGGCGGCAACGCGAUUACAAAGUACCGCAUCGAGUGGGACACGUCGCCGGCGUUCACCGGUGGCGCCGACGGUGGCGCGCUUGGCUACGACGUUUCGGCCGUCGUGCUGCCGGGUGUCGAUUGUCUCCUCAGUCCGUGUCAAAUGGGCAUCGGGAGCCUCGUCAAAGGCACGCCCUACUACGUCCGCGUCUAUGCUUACAAUGCCUACGGGUACUCGGACAACGCCGGCCUGCCGACGCCAGCGGCGACGGUGCCCAUGUCGUUUCCGUCGCCGCCGACAACAAUUGUGCUCGGUGGCGGCGCCAAUCACUCGAUCACUGUCAACUUUAGCACGCUGCAUGACAACGGCGGGGCGCCCGUGACGAGGUACAAAGUCGAGUGGGAUUGCAUGAGCCAAGAGGCGGUCGACGCCACGCCUGGUCUUGCGACGUCCAGCUUGCUCUACAUGACGCGCGCCGUCCAAAGCAUCGUCGUGUCGGCCUCUGCGUUCAAUUUGAACGGCCAAUUUCGGCUCUCGUUUGCCAACCACGUCACGCCGUGGCUAGCGUACAGCGUGUCCGCCAACGAUCUGCAAGCAGCGUUGCAGGCGCUCGACCCCAUCGGUGUCGUCGCCGUGUCACGAAGUACCGUCGGCAACGGCUUCCAGUGGCUCGUGACUUUUCUCACCAACCGGGAAAACGCCCAGCGCAACGGCGACAUUCCGCUGCUUUUGGGCUCGAUCGACGCGUCCGACACGCACGUCAACUUUGCCGCGUCGAAAACCGCUGUUGCCACGUCGCUCCUCACGGGCACGAACGCGCAGCUCACAAUCACAACGUCUAUCUCGGCCUACAACGGAUAUGACCAGCAGACGCUUGUGCUCUCGACCAAUGCUGGCGCGUUGCAAGGCUCGUUUACGCUGACAUUUAACGGCCAAACGACCGUGGCACUGCCUGUUGACGCCAGUGCCGCAGCCGUGCAAAACGCACUGCUUGGGCUUGGCAACACGGGCGACUUGUGGGUCUCGCGGUAUGCGGGAGGCCUCGGCUACCAGUGGAUUGUCGUGUUUUUGACGCAGUUGGGCAGUCAACCGGUGUUGUCGCCAAGUACCAAUGAACUCUCGAGCACGGAUCCGGCGGCGACGAUUUCGUUUCAAGUGCUCACCAAGCCUGGUGCCCUCCCAACGAUGAGCAGCGCUCUCUACGGCUACGCGAUUGUACCCAUUGCCCAAGGGCAGUCGGUCGUGUCGUACUCGAUUGGAAACGUUCGCCGAAGCGCGUCGUAUUUUGUGCGCGUCUCGGCCUGGAACGGGUUCCAAAAUGCAUUCGGGGCUCCCAUGUAUGCGACGCCUCCAGUGCUAACCGUGGCAUCGACGCCCGAUGCGCCAAUCAACGUCGUGGUCGAGCCUACGUCCAACACAUCACUGCUCGUGUCGUGGACACCGCCGCUCGAUACCGGCGGCAUCCCCAUCUCGUCGUACAUCGUGGACGUCGACACGACACCGGGUGCACCCGAGGUCCAGCGCAUCGUACUCUCUGGCACCAGUGCUCUUGCCGGAACGUUCUCGCUGUCGUUCAAGAGCUACGGUACGGCGGCUUUGUCGUGGAACAGUACAGGCGAUAUGGUCGCCGACGCGCUCAACGCUCUCCCGACGGUGCAAGGUGCGAUUGUGACACGAGCUCCAAGCGGUGUGUUUGGAACGACGUGGACUGUGACAUUCAACGGCACCUCUGGCAACCUCCCACUGCUCGUGGCAUCGGCCGCAGGGCUACAAGGUGCUGAUGUGGGAUUGACCGUAACCGAGGUGACUCCCGGGUCGUUUGCCCCGUUCGUGACAAAAACAACGACCGUCGUGCGACCCGUCCGGGAGAUCCAGUCUGUGUUUGCGUACGCUGGCAACGCCGACCUUGGUGGCUACUUCAACUUGGUCUUUUGUGGCCAAACGACCGUCAAUAUUCCAAUCACUGCGUCCAGCAGCGUGGUGGCCCAGGCGCUGCAAGGGUUGACAUCCAUUUCUACCGUCUCGGUGACGUCCGAGACAGUCGUGUCGGAUGCAACGUCGACGCGACCGCAGUAUGGUACCAAGUGGCUCGUGACAUUUAGCGCGUCCGACGGCAACGUCCCGCUCUUGCUAGUUACGACGACGCCAGGUCUCGUGCCUCGGUCGCUUGCGUGUGGUGGCUCGCUAUCGGGCACAACGCCUUGCGUCGCAACUCGAUCCGUUGCUGCUGGCGGUCUCCCGUCGUCUGUGACGCUACCGGGUGUGGUUGAUAGCCGCGCGUACUUUGUACAGCUCCGGACCGUCACGGCGUUUGGCACCAGCACACCCUUUGUGUAUCCGUUUUCGAUUGCACCGCAGCUCGUGCCACCGCUGCCCGUACCGGCGGCGAUCGCAUCGAUUCUUUCCGACACGCAAAUCAGCGUCUCAUGGACAGCACCCCUCGACGCCUCGGUCGUCAACUACAAGGUUCAAUGGGACACUGGCGUGUCGUUUGGCAUGGGCAGCCCUACGUCAGGGUCGACCUCCGUGCCUGCUGUGGCUGGCCAACGGAAAUACGUUUACGUCAUCUCAGGCGUCGCGGCGUCAAGCCAAUACUACGUUCGCGUGUUGGCUACCAACGCCGCUGGGUUCAGCGCGCCGACGUCGGCCGUGCCAACCUAUGCCAACGAUCGUGUGACGCGACUCGUUGUCUCCAACACCAAUAUCAAUGCGAUUUUGGCGACACCGCAGACGUUUACGCUUGGCUUUGCGAACUUUCCGACGGUCAUCUCGGCUGCCGUGCCUUUCAAUGCCGGUGCGAGCCAGAUUCAAACCGCCCUCCAAGCGCUCGCUCCGGUGGGCACCGUCUUUGUCACGCGGAGCGAUCACUCAAGUGGACCAACGGGAACGACGCUGGAUAUGUCGGGUGUCAACACGGCAGCGUUUCGCGUCGAAUGGUUCAUCACGUUUGCGUCUUCGUCAGUCAGCAACGUUGCACCAAGUGCGCUCGGGCCGCUUGUCAUUACCGUGUCGGCAGGAACUCUGGCCAACUCGGAUUUCACAGCAACCGACAUCAUUCCUGGGGUGUAUCCGCUGCCUAUGUGGAUCCAGCCGUCGCUGCGGCGCUCCGACCUCCCUCGACAAGUGAUGGCAACGGUCGUGUCGAGCACGUCGCUCGGUGUACAGUGGCAGCCGCCGCAGUACGUCGCGAGCGUCACCAAGUACUUGGUCGAGUGGGAUACGACGUACCAGUUUCUCAACUGCAUCCAGUCAGGAGCUUCGUUUGACACGGUGCACAGCACCGUCGCCGUCGUGACGGCGCCCACCACGAGCUACCAAAUCAAUGGUUUGACAACAGGCACGACCUACUACGUCCGUGUCUCAGCGUACAACGGACAGCUUGCAGCGUCCAACAAGGGCUACAGCGGCGCCGUCGUUGCAGCAAACGUGCCGAUCGUCCCGAGCAUUCAGAUUCCGUACUUGCCACAGAGUGUGGCCGUGUACGUGAGUCCCGUGAACAUUCCGAGUCAACUCAAUGUGGUGUUCAUGGAACCAACGGUGAAUGCUCUCGGAUUCCUCGAGGGCAACGGCGGCGCCGUUAUCACUGAGUACGAAGUGGACGUGGCCAGCAAUGUACAGUUCAAUGGCCCGACACGGUAUCCAAUGAGUAUGUACAAAGCCGAUGGCACGGUCCAGUCUUGCGCCUUGACGCCGUGCUCGUAUCCCCUCGGCGCCGAAGUUCAGACGAUAUCGAUUUCGGCCACAAGCGGCUCGUACCGUCUUGUCUAUGACGCCGACUACUCGACGCUCCUCUGCGCUGCGUGCACGAUCACCAUCACGGGCACUCAGAUCGCAUACAAUGGCCCGGACCUGAGACCAAUGCUUGGUGCCAACGUCAGAUUCAUCGUCGAUAAGCUCGGGGCCGCGUGUGUCUUUGUCGUCGCAGCAACAGCAACGCCGACGGCCAACGCUGUCAGUGUCGUUGCUGGCGCCAGUUGCAGCCUCACAACAGGCACAUACAGUAUGCACGCCAAACCAACGACGAGCUGCGUCGAUGCAACAGCCGACGCGGCGACACUCGAGGAUGCCAUUAUGACGCUCACCAACAUCGACGUGGUCACAGUAUCGAGUCAGCCGGGGACCGCUGUUGGCACCACGCAGCUCCGCGUCACAUUCAUCGGGCCGCUGGUUGCUGGAAACGUACCGCAACUGCUGCCGGUGGCAUACGACGGCUCGGGUGGAUGCACUGCAUUGGCCGGUGGCAAUGUAUGGACAUCAACGUUGAUCGACGGCGGGUUCUUGACAUCCGGCGCGCCCUAUUACGUUCGUGUUGCGGCAACCAACUCAGCAGGGACAAGUCCAGCGCAAGUGGCAGCUCCGACGCAAUGUCCCGGCGGUUGUUCAAUCGACGGGAGCAUUCAUCCAGGAAGCAAACCGCCGCCGCCGGCAAGUGUACUUGUCUUCGCGAAUGCAGCCGAUCGUACAUCGUUGCGACUCACUUGGGCCCCGCCCACGACCACGAACGGCGCACCGAUUCUAUCCUACGUGAUCGAGUACUCGACGAUGGCGUUCGCAACGAGUGACGUCUGCGGUGGUUGUGUCACAGCCCUCUCCGGCGUUACGCUGACAAUGAAUGCCCAAGUGACACUAACGGCAGGCACGAUGUUUGAAUUGACCACCACGGCAUCGCCUCCGUGUCUCAUGAUUGUCAACACGGCCCAAAUCUGGAACGCCGGAACGAGCACCGGCACCAUGACGGUGCAACCAAAUCACGGAUGCACAGGCUUCACCGCGUCGUCGAUCUUCAUGUCGCUUGUCAACGCCGCCGGUGGCGGCUACACCAUAGUGCCAUCGUCAUCACUCACGGAUCCAUUCAGCUCGCUGAUCACGAUCGUGCCUAACACUGCGUAUACAUUGCGCAUGCGAUCGUGGAGCGUCUUUGGUAUCGGCCCGCCAGCGAUGGCGACACCAACAUGCGACGCAACGCUGAUCGCGUGCACGGCGAGCCCAGGAAGCAAUGCUAUCGUGAGCCGACAACUGCCCGCGCAGCCAACUCUCAUUUUACCGAUGCAGCUCGUCUCGGGUGUCGGCAACGGCAACGGGUUCUCAUCGACGUCGUUGGUGAUUGCCGUGCGUGAUAGCGCGUACUGGCACGGCGCCGAAGCCAUCUCGAGCUUCUUGGUCGAAUGGGACUUGACAUCGACAUUCUCGUCCCCCGCUGUGAGCAGCGUGACCGUGAUACCAUCAGGUCCAACAUCACUGUCGAGCUCGACAGCCAUUUGUCCCAGUUGCGCGACGUCGCUGCAAGCCAAUGUACUGACACUCUCUGGUGGUUUUUGCCGGUCAAGUCGCCGUCGGAGCGCGGCUGACAGUCGGCGCUGGCAGUCUUAAUUGCCAAGUGCAAGUCGACUCGGUCGCCGCCCCCGCCGUGAACGUCGCGCCAGGCUACAGUUGCGCCGACUUCACCGGUCAAACGUAUGCACUGGCCGAAAACGACUGGUACACGGCCAGUAUCAGCUCGCUGACGAUGGGUAGCACGUACUACAUGCGCGCGACGGCCUUCAACUCGCUCGGAAAAGGCGUCCCAAGCGCCUUUGCAACAAUAGCGCCGAUCACGACAAGUGACCCGCCCAGCAACAUUCAGUUGUUGCCACAGCCUUCGUCAGCGCCUCCUGCGAGCUUCGUGAGCUCAGUUGUUGUCUCGUGGAUGCCGCCGUCGACGACGCUUGCCACAGAUGUCUACGGUAUCGGAGGAAGUACCGUGACGCAGUACCUUGUCGAGUGGAGCACGGCACCGUGGACGAGCUACACCCAACACGUACAGACGGUAACGACGGUGUCGUCGUCGAACGGCGAGCUCUCGGGAGGCUUCGCGCUCGCGCUCGACACCACAGCAUGUAUCGUAUGUCACGUCAAGGCCGCCGCCGUGUCGUCUAUGAUUCCCUUCGACGCCGACGCCCCGACGCUCACGCGACUGCUGCAAAACAUGCCCAAUAUCGGAGGCGUGCACGUUACCGUGUCGGCACCCACGACUAAAACGAACGGACGUGGACCAUCACGUUCUUGUCGGACGUCGGCCCGAUUCCCGCGCUGACAGUGACGAAUGCGCUCACGGCAGUUGGGGGCGUGGCGUCGGUCACUUUGACGCAAACAACGGUCGGUGCCAUCGUCGCAGGCGCCUACUGCAACGCCAACGUGUGUGAUGUCGUGACGGUCUCCCCGACGACGACGUAUCCCAUCUCGCACACGAUCCAAGGGCUCACGGCCGGGGUCGUCUAUUACGCCCGCGUCUCGGCGUUCACGGCGCUGGGCUACGGUUUGGUCCGAGCAACUGCGCCGGCUUCGCUCAUGGUGCCGUAUGCGCUACCGGGUCGACCGACGUCGCUUUUCAACACCUUGGCGCCGCCAGCGCUGUACAUGACGGGACCGACGUCGCUGCAAGUCUCGUACCUGCCACCGGCGUUCUCCGGCGGCGCACCGAUCAUCAGUUGCACCAUCGAGUGGGACCCCGCCGCGUCGUUCAAUAGUGGCGCGUCAGGAGCGCCAAUAGGUGCCACCACGAUUGCGGGAACCAACGCGGGUGGCAAUGAAGUGGCUAUCACGGACCUUACGAUGGGCACGAUGUACUAUGUACGCAUGUACUGUGCCAACGACCAACUUGGUGCUGGCGAACCGGUGGCAACGCUGCCGGUGACAGCGACGCCCCACCAAAAGCCGCUUGCGGUGCCCAACAUCGUACUGAGCGCGGGGGCUGAUACGACGGGCACGUCACUUGUUGCCACGUGGACGCCGCCCGUCUCGUCGGGUGCUGGCAUUUCCGGGUACUUGGUCGAAUGGUUCACGAAAGCCGUCGCCGUGCCGUGGUUUGGCGUCCAGACGGUCCAAGUGCUCACUUCGACGGGCACGAUUUCCGGGGGCGUCUUUACCGUUGGGUUCGGUCCCGUCGCAUUGGCGCUUCCGGGUGUCAUCAGCGUCGUGCAAGGACAAUCGUUUCUCACGACAUCGGUGGAUCUCACGAGCUACCUCUACCGCGGGGACCAAGUCGCGAUCCACAACGUCGUGUACCUUGUGGCAGCGACGGGGACGCUCUCGAGUACGCAGAUCCCACUGGCCGAUAUGACCAAUCUCCCGACGCCAUACGCAGGCACGACAGCGCGAAACGCGAUCUUGUACAUGCAAGCACGGACACAGCACGUGCCGUACGACGUGUCGGCAACGUCGCUUCAAGUAGCACUGCAGAAUCUACCCAGUGUCGGCAUGGUCUCGGUUACGCGCACGCGCACGCUUGGUGCGUACAGUUGGACGGUCUCGUUCUUGAGUCAGCUGGGGCCGCUCUCGGCCCCGAACGCUCUGCGUGUCAACACGAUCGGUCUCAUCGGGACGUUGCCCAAUAUUGUCAUGUCGUACAACCCUCAGGGCGUGCGUCCGUCCAACUACGUGUCGAUGACGCUACCCGCGUCGCAGACGUCGGUGGUGCUUCCGAAUCUUACACCCGGCGUCGCCUACUACGUGCGCGUCCAAGCCGCCAACGAUCUCGGCUACGGCAUGUUUGGCGCCGCGACGCAGCCGUACACGCCGAUUGGUGUCCCGAGUGCUUUGAGCCGCGUCAGCAUGCGGUCGCGCAGUGCCACGUCGGUCGAAGUGCAAUUUGAUCAGGUGGAACGAUCCGGUGGCGCGGCGGUGGAUGGCUAUGUCGUGCAGUACGCCUACGACGUGGGCUUCUCGACGCAGGUGACGUUGCCGACGGUGGCACCAUCAGCCAAGUAUAUGCGCAUCACCACGUCGGCUGGUAUUGGGCCCAUGACAUCAACGUUUGCGCUCUCGAUGGCGGACUACUAUGGUGUCUUCUCGGUCGAAGUGGGUAGUUACUUCAACCUCGCCGCCGGCACGUCGUUUAUCACUCAGAUUCCGACCAACCCGGCACAGGGGCUCCUCCCUGUCGAUCUGACGCGAAUUCUGGGCCGCGGUGAGUUUGUUCAACUUGCGGGGCAGACCUUCCGCGUGUGCUUGGACCCGACGGUCGCGCUCGUCUUUCCUGGUGCCACGGUCUCGUCGUUUGACUUUGUGACGAGCACAGUGACCGUGUCGGCAAGUCUGACAGGCAACGCGUUGCUUGCGGUCGGGACGCAACUGCAAGUGUCUACGUGUGUAAUGACAAUCUCGGCGUUCCCGACACCGACGACGAUCACUGUCGCGCACAACUGCUUCGCCAACUUUGGACCGGCAGCCGCGUUGCCACUCGAGAUCCUCUGGGGUCCCAACACGGUACCGAUUUGCUCGGCGACAAAUCCGUGGGCGGUUGCCGUCUUUGCUGGCCCGUCGAUUGUCGAGGCACCGUUGUACAUCCUCGAUACGGCGCUCGGGUCGUUUACAAACCUGAUUGUGGGUCAGUCGGCGGGCAACACACUCAACGGCAUCUGGCAAGACGUGGCCGGGUCGCAGAAUGCGCUCUCGCGUCUCGGUUGCCAAGACUACUUUCGCAUUGGUGAUCCUUUCACUGGUCAGAUCGCACGCGUCUACACGCCAUGCAGUGCUGGCAACUGUGCUUGCCCUGGCUUGACGGCGGCGGCGCUGCCCAUGGGCGAUAGCGUCAACCCCGCGACGGAGUCCAGUCUCACUGCCGACACACUCGCGUAUGCGACGCAAGACAUCCAGACAAUCACUAUCUCAGCUACGACUGGAGACUUGACCCCUGGCAGCGGCGGCUUCCGACUCCGACUCGGCACCGCGGUGACGGCGACGACGAUUGCAGGUGGCGACGGGGACGCCAACAUCAACAUGGACGUCGGGUGUCUUCUCUGGGCGUCGGGAACGUCGGCGGCAGCGGGUGUCACGGAUAGCCUCGCACUCGCCGCAGAGCUCCAAACGCUGCCCAACGUCGACCAAGUGAGCGUCUCGCGCAUGCUGUACCUCAACCCGACGGUAAUCGUGUACACGGUGACGUUCACAGGCAGCGCCGUCCGGGGCGAAAUGCCAUUGCUCGAGGUGCUGGACGUUGGGACUAACGGCUGCGGUGCGUUUGUGGGCGCAACGCCCAUCCUGCCUGUGACGACGCGCAAGAUUCAGCGGCCGCACGUCAACUUGUACCGUCUCCAAACGUCGGCUGCUAUCCCCGUGUCGGCGUCCGCGACGGACGUGAAAAGUGCGAUCGAAGCGCUUUCUCUCGCCUGCAAGGUCGACGUCACCCGAGAAAUUGCGCAGAACGGCUACGACUGGCUUGUCACUUUUACCCGGGACACGCCGUCCUCGCUCUUUGCCAUUGUCGCCAACCCCAUGAAUCUGCGAGCUGUUUUGGAUCCGGUCGUCGUCGUGACCCCCGUCGCUCGCGUGACGUUUCCCGUCCUCAACAACGGCCUCGGUGUGUUUGCCCGCGUCGCUGCCCGUAACGUGGCGGGGCGCGGUGCAUUUGCGAUCCCGACGCCGUCGAUGCUCCAACCAGCCAACUCGGUGCCGGGCUUGGUGCAGAACUUGCGCGUCGACGUCGUCUCAGACACGGAGAUCCUCGCCCAAUGGAGUGCUCCGAUCCAUUCCGGCGGUGUCAACGUUUCCGAGUUCAACGUCGAAUGGUUCACGCCCAGUGGCGCCAAGGCUAACCAGAUCGUGAAGUCCACGGACACGGUCGGUCAGUACGAUGUGCAAGUCGUGUCCGUCUCGGCGCCGUCCGUGGGCGCCUAUACGUAUCUCGGUGGCACGUUUCACUUGACGUUUGACGGCCAAAUCACGCCCGAGCUGCCUUUUGACGUUGCCGCCGUCGAUCUCCAAGCCGCGUUGGAAGCGCUCUGUACCAUCGACGCGGUCGCCGUCACGCGCGUGCUCGGACCCAAUGGGUUUUCGUGGAUGAUCACGUUCUUCCAGACCAUGUACCCCGGCAACCAAGCAACGCAGCAGGUGUCGCUGCUACAAACGCAGCUCGGCUCGCGUCUUGAGGUCGCCGGUUCCAAUUUGCUCAUUUGUGCCGACCUGGCGCGCGACAACUGCAUCCAGUCGGUCAUCAACGGUGCGCAAAGUGUCUCGGCGACCGCCUCAAUCGGGUCCCUGCAAGAAGUCCAGUCGAUCACGUGCUUGGGCAACGUCGGCUCGUUCGUGCUAACGUACAUGGGCACGUCGUCGACAUCGAUAGCCGCAACGGCGACGGUCGGCGACGUGCAAAUGGCGCUCGUUGGUCUGGCCUUUGGCAGUGUUUCGGUGCUUUUCCCCACGGGGCAGGCGACCAUUUGUGCGGCCGCGUCGCCGGGGAUUGUGCUCUUUCAAUUUCACUCGUCGCUCGGUGACAUGCCGCUGCUGGCAACGACGGCCGUCACUGGUGGCCUUGUCAUCACCGUUGCCGAAGUCACUAAGGGCGUGCCACAGCACCGCAUAGGGCUCGCGCCGCACUGGCUCUGGAUCUCAGGUCUGUCGUCCGCCACAUCGUAUACGGUGCGCGUCGCCGCGUACAAUAGCGUCGGGUACGGGGCGUUUGCUACCGCACUGGGUGCCGUGACGCCAUCGGCACGGGCGCCGUCGACGCCGCCGACCGUUGCGAUCGCUCGACAAACUGCCACGUCGUUUGCCAUCUACUGGGACGAACCAACGAGCUAUGGCGGAAGCGCUGUCUCCAACUACAUUGUCGAGUGGGACCACACGCCGACGUUCCGGAGUUCGUGUGGUGACAACGCCGAAGUGCAGUACCUCACGCUAUCGGCGACACCGUCUCUCGCGCCCACACUGCAGCUGCACCUCGCCAUUGGCAGCACGGUCGUCGGGUGCAUCAGCUGGAGCAUUACUGCUGCCGACCUGCAAUCCCAAAUCAACGCGCUGCCCGGCUAUGAAAGCGUCACAGUCGCGCGCCACGGCGACAAGUCAGCCGCGUGGAACUAUGGCCACAUGUACGAGUUUACGUUUUACGCAGCGCUCUCGUCAAUGCCGCUCGGGGAUGUGCCAACGCUCGUGGCCCAGCGCAACCCGGGCUGCGACUCGUUUGCGGGCACAAUAGCAGUCUCGCAAAAGCUUUUUGGACCUGGCUUGGACCCGAUUCAAGGCGUCGGUCGAGCUGCACCGACGCUCAACGCGUGCGAUGCGCUCUACUUGCGGCCGCAGGGGCAGCUCACGACGACCGAUGCGAGCGCCAAAGCAGCCGCGCUGGCACUCAAUUUGCCUCCCGGCACGACCCGCAAGCCGUUCUGCCAAGCUUGCGCGCAGACUCUCAGUGGUGUGACGCUCGGCGUGACCGUGGAUCUGCGUGCAUCCUUGGCUGUCCAUGACGUGUUUACCAUCGGCAGCUACAGCUGUGUGUACACGGUGGCGGCUGUGACGGCGUCGACGGUGACAGUGACCACCGCUCUUGCCUGUCCGGCGUUCUCGGGGCAGGCGCUACCCAUCUACCGCUACAGCGUUCGCGCCUACACAGUGACCGACGUCGAGGCAGGCACGCCGUUCUAUGCACGCGUUACGGCUGUCAACGCGUUCGGGUACAGUCCCCCCAACUAUAGCUACUAACUCAAUCUGCAUGUCUACGACAUCGACGACAUAUACUACAUAAACAUCAAUCGAUUUCUUGCAUUCAAAAG